AUGAAAAUCGUUGCGCUUCUAUUUUUCUUCGCAAUUAUUUUUGCUCUGCCACACACUGCCACCACUGCGGAGCCCAGCAACCCGCGUGAACACUAUGCCAACCUUGCCACCACUGCCUUCCCUUUGGAUUCGGAUGCUUUACUUGUCAGAAAUACUCUCAUCGAUUAUUGGCACCAACUCGAAAAAGAACUCGAACCAGACAAUAGACUUCAAUAUAUAUUUAUAUAUGUGGAAUAUUCUGACACUUUCAAAAUAUACAAGGAUCAUUCAAAAGAAUCAAAUCGCACAGUCGUCCAUUUGAUAGUUCAUGAUGACGAUUACGAUAAAUUGAAACGUUUGUGCAACGAUAGCCGGGAACUAAUUACUCAUGAUAUUGAAACACCAAUUCGUCAUCCUCAUCUUACUAUCAACUGUGAAUCGGUUGAGAAGAAAGCUUCAGAAUGUCCAGAAUGUGCUGAAUGUCCAGAAUGUUGUUCAGUACUUUUAUAUGUUUGCGCAAUUCCUCUAAUCAGUUUCGUAUUUUUAUGGUGAGAGCUUCUUGCUAAAUUGAAAAAAUCUCAAUAAUUUCAUUUCCAGGGUACUCAAUCGGAAAAUCGGUUUCAUCGAUAAAUGUCGAAACAGGAGAAAUCCUGUUCUAAAUGAAGAACACGAAGAGAGACAACCUGAUAUUGAAUUAGAACCUUUGCAGUAG